UGAAGGAGAGGAGGACUUCUUCCAAGACUCACCAUGGCUGCGGGAGUGGCCGCGUGGCUCCCUUUUGCCCGGGCGGCCGCCAUCGGAUGGAUGCCCAUUGCCAGUUGCCCAAUGCCAGUGGCGCCGCGGGACCACCGCCGCCGGCAGGACGAGCUCAUUGUCCUCAAUGUCAGUGGCCGUCGAUUCCAAACCUGGAGGACCACGCUGGACAGGUAUCCAGAUACCUUGCUCGGCAGCUCAGAGAAGGACUUCUUCUACAAUGAGGAAACCAAAGAGUACUUCUUUGACCGAGACCCUGACGCCUUCCGGAGCAUCCUAAAUUUCUACCGUACCGGGAAGCUGCACUACCCGCGGCACGAGUGCAUCUCGGCUUACGACGAGGAGCUCACCUUCUUCGGCAUCAUUCCGGAAAUCAUCGGCGACUGCUGCUACGAAGAGUACAAAGAUCGGAAGCGAGAAAACCUGGAGCGCCUUCAAGAUGACCAGGAGGAUAACAAGGAUGUCAAGCUGCCCCAUAUGAACUUCAGAGAGACCAUGUGGCGGGCGUUUGAGAACCCUCAUACUUCCACCAUGGCUCUGGUCUUCUACUACGUCACCGGCUUCUUCAUCGCCAUCUCCGUCAUCACCAACGUGGUGGAGACGGUGCCGUGCGGCUCCACUGCCACUCAGAAGGACAUGCCGUGCGGCGAACGCUACACGGUAGCAUUUUUCUGCAUGGACACGGCCUGCGUUAUGAUCUUCACGGUGGAGUACCUGCUGCGCUUGUUCGCCGCCCCGAGCCGCUACCGCUUCAUGCGCUCCGUGAUGAGCAUCAUCGACGUGGUAGCCAUCCUCCCGUACUACAUCGGCUUGGUGAUGACUGACAAUGAGGACGUCAGCGGCGCCUUUGUCACGCUGCGGGUCUUCCGCGUCUUUCGCAUCUUUAAGUUCUCGCGCCACUCGCAGGGCCUGCGCAUCCUGGGCUACACGCUCAAGAGCUGCGCCUCGGAGUUGGGCUUCCUGCUCUUUUCGCUUACUAUGGCCAUCAUCAUCUUUGCCACCGUCAUGUUCUACGCCGAGAAGGGCUCCAGCUCCAGCAAGUUUACCAGCAUUCCGGCAUCCUUCUGGUACACCAUCGUAACCAUGACGACGCUGGGAUACGGAGACAUGGUGCCAAAGACCAUCGCCGGAAAGAUCUUCGGGUCUAUCUGUUCGCUCAGCGGCGUGCUUGUCAUCGCCCUGCCCGUGCCCGUCAUUGUUUCCAACUUCAGUCGCAUUUACCAUCAGAACCAGAGGGCGGACAAACGCCGUGCCCAGAAGAAAGCUCGACUGGCUCGUAUACAUUCAGCCAAGUCCGGCAGCGCCAACGCUUUCCUGCUGAGCAAACGCAACGGACUCCUAAACGAGCUUCUGGAGCUGACGGGUGCAAAUGCAGGUGAGCAGAAGCUGCCCAAGUCAUCGUGUCUUUUGGAGAGCCAACACCACCAUCUGCUGCACUGUCUGGAAAAAACAACUGUCUUAAACAUUCUGACACGUGUUCCCCUACAGGCUCAUGAGUUCGUAGAUGAGCAACUGUAUGAGCAGAACUAUUUAGAAGCUGUUAUGCAGAGCUUCCCCGCCCACAGAGCGUCGGUGAGCAGCCGUGAGGCCUCAACCCCGACCUGCUGCGGUCGCAGGGCCAAGAGGAACAUAACUCUGCCUGAUGCCGCUCUCCAAGCUGGACCCAACCAACAGGGCCCCUUGCAGGAGCUCAGCGCCAUCCACAUCCAGUGUCCUGAUAGGCCAUCGCAUUCUACCAGUCGUUCAAAACUCAACCUGAAGCCAGAUGACGUCGGGAGGCUCAAUUGCAAAGGCAGCCGGAUGACCACAGCCAUCGUCAGUCUCCCGUCCCUGCCAGCCCUGAGUACGCCCGACGUCAACAACCUCCGCGGUCCCCCCACCCGCAGGCCGCAGACUCCCUCCCCGGGGCCCAGCAUCCAGACCACCACCAGCUCAGCCAAUGUCGUCAAAGUGUCGGCCCUGUGACGCUUUUAGCCACCAAGACUUUUGUAAAUAUGCGAUGGACACGGGUGACCACGUCACAGUGGAAGCUUUGAGACACUGCGGUGCAACUAGCAUACCAGUCCAGCAGGUAGCGGUGUUCAGCUUCUACAGUUUAGUUCAAUAGAAUUGUCACAAAAUUGUUGACUGUGCUUACAUGAAUGGUUUUUUUUCUGUGUUUGUGUUGUCAUCAAAAUGCCUUUACUUUAAAGCAUCAAUUUAAAAAUAAAAAUAAAUAUUUGAAAAUUUGUUUUAUAAAACUAUAUCUGCAACCAGGUCAUGAUGUCAUGAUGGCCCCCGACUUCUCACAGUAAAAAAACCCGUUGUUCAGGUGGAAACGUUGAACUAAAUGAAUGUGUUUUAGUCAAUUCAUGCCGUUUUUUCCUCUUAACUUUCCGUUUGCAUUUUUUAAAAACUAUGUAUUUGUGGAACAAGCCAAUCAAUGUGCUGUAUGGACAAAAUAAUUGGGUCAUAGUUGCAUCUACUGAAAGUGAAAAAUUAAAAAAAAAAAAAAAAAAGUUUGUGGUCCAUCCAAUCGAACUUAUGUAGGCACUACUUGUUCUCACUGUAUGUUGUUCAUGUAAAGUGUGUAUUUGCGUCACAUUGGGCAUCCCAAAAACCCAAUGAUUACAUCAUUUGUAAUGGUUUCCUUUCCAACAAACAUUUGUUUGAUAAAUAUAUACACAUUUGGAGUGGUUUUUGAUGACAAUUUUAUACAAGUUGAAGUGACAGCAAGCUUAAAAUGCAUUAAAAACUCUUGAAAGUAAAUGCGGCUAAAAUAAAAGGCACAGUUCAAUGAGCACAUAAAUAUUGUUGUUGUUUAGGCUUUGUUCCUGUGGGAACAUCUAAUUAUUUACGCUGAAACGUAUUUUAUUUUGCCAGAGUUUAGCACAAAUCUAGUUGGGUUUUGUAAAAAAAAGAAAAAAAAAAGUCAUUUUGAGUAUGAUUUUUAACUAAAUAAUGACGAGAGGACAAGUAAUGUCAUUUACUGUAUGUACUUGUAUUCAUUUGUGUGACAUUCAUUCCUGUGUUAUGGUUGAAAUUCAAAAGGAGAAAACAUUCUGUCAAAACUCCUUGAACGCGUCACCAAAAUCAAACUACAUAAUAGUUCUUGUCAUUUGUAAUGCAAAAAUGUGAAUGAACAUCUGCUUGCUUGUCAUUUCUCUGAAGGUCUUGGCUUGAAUGUUUUG